GAAGCCUCACGCUGCCAGUUAGAUCAGAAAACUCACCUUCUGAUGAUGGCGUUUUGAAUUAUACAAUAAAAUUUGUAUGUGUCUGGUGACAAAAGAUGGACUUUUUGAGUUUGGCUGAAGCCACUGCAUCUUUACACAGUGGUCGAAUUUCUCUUAGAGAUAUAAAGAAAUAUUUAGAGAAGGCAAGCUAUGUACCAUCAAAAUUAGAAUUUUGCAAAAAUGCCUAUAGUAAUGAUGCUGCUCUUUAUCUCCACAAAUCAGGAAAGAGGAAAUUUGUGAAUCUCACAGACUUACAUCUCCAAGGAUGCACUCAGAUUACAAAUGCGGGUAUUAAAUGGCUUUCGAAGGUAUUGGAAGAGGCAAAAAAAUGCAAAUAUAUAUAUUUAGAUGGGUGUCAUCAGUUGACAGACGAUGAUGUGGCUUUACUUCUGACAGCUGUGCCUAGUGUUACAUUGGUUUCGCUGACAGGAGUCUCCAUCAGACAUCUUAGUCAUCCUGCAGUCAAAACUUUUCUGAUCAAUGGUUGUCCUAUACUAACUGGAGAAGAAAAUCUUGUUGAUAUGAACCAUAGUCAUGCAAUAGUAGUACCACAAAGACAUUUAGCUGGUUAUUUUGUUGAGUUUGUUAAGACAAAGAAAACUCUUCAGAAGCUUGGUUCAGGACCGCUACAAUCAUUCAGUCAAGAAACUGAUUUACCAAUAAAAGACUGGAAAGUAACAUUAACUGAAGUCCUUUUAGAUCAUCCAAUGUUUGAUGUGAUGGUCAGUAGCCACCCUGUUCAAGUUAUUAUCACCUUCAAUACUUCAAAAGGAGAUUUGGAGGGAGUUAAGAAACAUAUUGUUGAUACAAUAACACGGGUUGUUACAAAGGCUGCUUUCACCACAGUUUAUCCCAAAAAUAAAGAACCAGAGGUUAAAAAAGAAGAAGUGGAAAAUGAUGAGACAAAGAAGGUUGAGGGAGAAGUCCCAGAAGAAACAGAGAAUAAAGAAGAAGUGAAAGUUACAUCAGAAAUAAAGAUUCCAGAAAAGAAAAAGCCUGAAGAGAAGAAGACUGAAGCAGUGAAAGAAAUAGAUGAAAAACCAGAAGAUGUUAGACAUUUCAGAGAAUGUGAAUUUAUAUUAAUACAAAUAGGAAAACCAUCUAAAUUGAUUGAGGAGAUACAAGAGUUUAUAUCAGGAGAAUUUUUGACAACAAAAUUAGAACUUCUAGACAAGUCAAUAGAGUACCAUGAACAACAUUUCUCUGAUUUGGAUAUGGUAGGGCAGAAUGCAUAUGCAUCACUAUGUGCAGCUAAGGAAAAAUUAGAAACUUUCAAUACACAGAAAAAUGACAGAAUACAUUUCAUGUCCAUGGAUAUGGAUUCUGAAGAGUGUUUAAAUAGUGUUUAUGACAAGAUGACAGAAGUUUUGGAUUGUCGGAAACACCAUCAGGAAAUAAGAUACAAGAUUGCAGAAAAGUUUGAGAAAUACCUAAGUGUUGUCUUAGAAACUGUGAAGAAAAAUGAAAUUAUUGAUAUAAGUUCUGGACUUACAGAAAGUUUUGACAUUUCAGGAGCUGAGUUCCUCUCAAUUGCAAAACUUUUACAGGAACAGGGGAAAGUUGUUAUCCUGCAACUUUGCUCAAAGACACUUAUAGUAGAUCUAGAAUUCUUAAAAUCUAUGGUUGAUAAAGUUGGAAAACAUUCGUCUAGUUCAACAAGCCUAAACUAUUCAACUGCUAUUAAAAAUCAAGGGAGAGCACUGACACUUGACAGAGCAUCAAAACAUUUUGGUUGUACAUUGAAAGAGGAUGAUGAAAAGUCGACAUUGUUACUGAAGAUUUUACAGGAUUAUUGUGGAUUAGUUGAGUUACCUGUAUGGAGAUUGAAACCAGAAGAUCAACAGUUUAUAUAUGUUGUUCAAGAAAAAUUGGAAAAACUCUCCGUCUCAUUGGAUACAUUUUACAGUGAAAAGAAACCAUCAAACUUUGUUGUUAUGGAAAAGUCUUAUAAGUUUAUCUACCCUGUUGCCAAGGAAGUGUUGCCAGGUGUUGUGUCUUCUGCUGCUAAAUAUGGCAGACCUAUACUGGUAACUGCAGAUGGUGCUGUCUUUCAGAUAGGUUGUGUACAGACUGUUGUAAAAACUUUGAAUUGGUCAGGUGACAACAGAGAGAUUGUAGUUCAGACUAAAUGUUACCUGCCUGAUUUAAAAACAGAGCCUGUCAAUGAUGAAACAGAGUUUUAUGUUAAAGAGUACACUUGGAACAUCUUUUGCUUAUACACAGACAUGAUUGAUAAAGUUCUAAAACAACGUGAUAUCAUAUAUCUAGAAUCAGGAGAUGUUCCAAAUGGUUUUGUUCACAACUCUUUUGGUUGCAAACAUCUUUGGAAGAAAAUUGACAGUAUGUUCAACCAGUCUGUUUGUUCCAUGUGUAACAGAUGCUGUGGACUAGGCAGGAAGUGUAAAUACAAUGGAAUUAUGGGAGAUAAUUUUAGAGAGUGUCUGUGUAAAACAUCUUUACCAGGAUGUGUGGAUUGUGGGAUUUGUACAGAUUGUGCUGCUGACUUAUGGGAACUUAGAAGUUAUUUACGACCACAGGUUUAUUGCAACAAUAAAAGGGUUGUGCAAAGUCCAUCCACGUAUUUGGAAAGUGUAUUAAACAAGGUUCCACUAGAUCCUUUAGCUUACAAUGAAGUAGAGAUGAUUUAUAGCACAGACGGGAGGAAGGGUAUAUUCCUUAGAGAAGCAGAAGAUGGUGCUAUUAUUAGCAUUUUCCCUGGGAAGGCCACUGCUUUGUCAUCAGCUGAUCAAGUGACCACUGGAAAAAUUGUUGAGAAGUUUAAGACAUUGAUUAAGGAUGUGGAAGACCCUUUAUAUCUUUGUAACUAUGGUGACUGUGUUAAAAUCAGAAUAUCAGAUCCUUGUAGAAUAAUUGCUAAAGAUGGUGAACUGGACUUGACAGCAAUUAAAGAGUCCAAAGUUGUUUAUCAGCCAAUAAUAAGCAGAGAUCUUAAAGUCAGCCAUGAAACUGGAUUGUUAUGCUAUGAACCAAGAUCAUCUUCUUCACCAGUUGCACAGUUUAUUGGAGUAGAAUGCUUCUCAGAAAACAUUAAAAAAUUUAGUUAUAAAAUAAUUCAUGAAGGUAAAAGCAGGUUUAUUGGCAUAGGAGUUGCUCCCAGGGAUUAUGCGCCCAACAGAAUGCCAGGAUGGAACCCAACCUCAUAUGGAUACCAUGCUGAUGAUGGAGGAGUCUAUACAGGGAAAAGUUCAUCCAAUACAAAAUUUGCCAGGUGUUACAAAGGUGACAUAAUGUCUGUGUAUUGUGAUACUGAAGCCAAAGAUAUCAAAUUUUACAAGAAUGAUAAAAUGAUAUACAAAGUACCAGAAGAAUCAAUCACUGUACCAAUAAAUGGAUUUUUCCCCAUGGUGUCUCUCCAUUCAACCGGAGAAUGUGUAAAACUAUUGGAGAAAGAACCAUGGACACUUCGAUCGAAUCGUACUUUCAGUAAUUCAUGGAAAUGGAGCUAUGACUCUUACAAGUAUGGAAACAUGUGGAUAAGUCCAAGAAAGAAUUUAUUAAUGACAGCGAAAGACAAAACAGAUUUUCUAACCGGAUGGGUUAUACUACAUAAUCCUACCAAAGGACUCAUAGGAUAUCAGAUUAAUCCCGGAGUACUUCUAGAAUCUAUAGAAAUUGGAUCACUUGGGCCAAAUGAAUCUCUUCCUUUACACUUGAAAAGAAAUACUCCAGAAGAUGAAGAAGUAGUGAUUGAAUGGAUUGCAAUAAAUAAGAUCAAAGAUUAUAGUAUUGAUGAUAUAAAACAACUAUUUACUGAGGCUCACGAAAACAGAAAGUAUAGUCACAAGUUAAAAGUGAAAAAAGACGGGAAAGCUUCAAGUACAGAAACCUUACCAACAUUUAGUGAGACUGAAGAUAUUGAUGGGUAUAAACUUGAUGUGAUAAAGAAUUCUACUCUAGUGAACUCAUAUGUGUUGAAAAAAGGAAGAUACUGUAUUGAGGUUGCUAAGAUAGAUGGUACAGAUGAGUAUUUAAUGAAGAGACCAAAAUGCCCAUCCUUUAUGUACCCACCAAUAUUGAAGAGAGGAUUGAAAGUUAUUACUUGUGUUAAAGUUAAGGGAUCUGAGACUGUGAAGUAUGAAGAGAAAGUUAUAAGUAGAGUACAAGAUGACGGAAAAAUUGAAUAUAUGCUAAGUAAAGAUGACGAUGAAGAUGAGGACAGUUUGGGACAAUCUGAAUGUAUGCUUCUAACGGACCAAGCUUAUAAAGACUUACAGACUCUUAGAAGGGAGAAAAAGGAGGCUGGGAAUGUCAUUAUGUAUUCUGGAACUAAAGAACAGCACCGUUUAGAGAAGACCUUUGUACCAGCACCACCUUUCUUGAUAACUAAGGGAAGUAGUUCUGCCUUAGACGUGGCUGAUAAUGAAUGGAAAACAAAGGCGAUAUUUGCACACAGUUCUUGUUGCCAGGUGAUUACACGUCCAUCUGUUCAGGAACAAAUCAUAACAUUACAUUCUAGACAUUUGCAAGAGUGGUCAAGUAUUAGAAAAACUAACUUUGAGAUCCCUUAUUCUCUGGUGUACCUUCCUUCUGGCUUGGAUGAUGAGACCUUGAGAUAUCCUGUUGCCAUGACAAUGUUUGAUGAUGUUAAUGUUCACAGACUUUGUUGUAUGCAUGAUGACAAUGAACUAGGAAUUAACUACAUACAGCCUACAGUUGCUUAUCCUAAAGUCAAGAUAGAUUAUAGUAAUGAUAAUUUACAGUCUGUCUAUGUACAUGAUGGUACCAGACCAAAUCUUUACCACUUGAACCAACCGAAGCAGACAUCUAUACACUUCAUGGACUUGCCAGGUUUUCCUAUGAAAAAGAAUAUCCCAGUAGAAUACAGUUAUGGCAAUCUAUACCAGGCAUGGAAUUAUGUUGCACUUCUGACACACAAGUUGAAAAUUCCGCCUAAGAUGAAGAUGCUAAAUGAAAACAAGGGGAAAUGGAAGCAGCAGCAAAUAGAGACAUUACUGUUCCAGUUAUUACAACCUUAUGCCUCAUUAUGUGGUUUGUUUGCUACCCAGCAUGGUGGCCUAUCUUCCCAGGGUGCACCAGGAAAUCUCCUUGACUGGAUUACUGAUCUUGUUGGUGAAGAUGUCCCAGUGAAACAAGUUAGAUCAGGAAUGACAGCUGAGGAACCAUUAUUUAUGGAAUAUGGCCAUAUUCUAGCAUGUAGAGCACAUGCAUAUAGUCGUGGCGAUUAUGUAUCCAUACCAAACUACUCUCUUGAAUCUGCAUAUUAUGAACCAUAUGAACAAUUUGCAGAAACUUUAACAGUUCAAAGUCAGGAUUUGAAUACAUUACCAAGUAACCUCUUGACAACGUUUAGAAAUAUACGAGUAAUUUCAAUUGUAAAUGUUGCCUUGCAUGACACACAUAUAUUUCCAAGUGGGUUAUCAAAGUGUAACAAUUUAGAAGUUCUCAUUCUAGCCAAUUUGAAGGGCAUCAUUGAGCUACCAAAGGACAUCAUCAGUGGCCCAUUGAUGUCAACAUUUUUCAUUCACAACUGCCCAGUAAAAAAGCUGGACUUUGAUUGGCCAGUCAAAAACAAGUUGACUAAUUUGACCUUGAAAGGACUGUUGAUAGAAGAUAUUCCUGCUAAUAUUGGAAGGUUGAAAGAUCUAGAAGAAUUAUGCUUAGAUUACAAUCCAAUUACCAGCUUACCAAAAGAAAUAGAGAAUUUGACAAAACUGAGGUUUUUAAGUGUAAAAGGAGUACCAUGGAUUGCUCCUGAGGGAAAGUUUGACCAAAUGCCAAAACAAGUCUACACCAUGUGGCACAUUGAAAAUCCAUAUGUAAAAAACAACAUUGGAGAGGAUGAAGUGGAUAGGAUGUUCACUGAAUGUGAUGUCAACAAUAAUGACAUUUUGGAGAAGUCAGAAUUAGCUAGACUUAACUUGCAGAUUAUGAAAAAGAUUCCAAGACUAGGCUGUCAGUCAAUAGGUGAUACAGAAUAUGGCGGAAUCCCAGCUGGAGUUUUUAAAUUAACUUUGUUACAAACUUUAGACCUGUCCUACACGGCUGUAACACAGCUUCCUAUGAUGACUAGAGAAAUCCUGACCCUUCAGACUAUCAAUUUAGAACAUUGUCCUCUGUUAGAGAGUUUAGACGGGGAUGUUGGUCUCUUACCAAACCUCAGAACUUUAAAUCUGAACAGCUGUGCAGCUUUAGAAACACCUCCACGAGACAUUGUUAAUCGUGGGUUUGAUUCUGUCAAAGCAUUUUUACAGAAGAUGGCUGGAGGUUUCACUGAGUGUCUAAGAACAAAACUGAUGUUUAUUGGUUUAGGACAAGCUGGAAAAACUACUUUACUGAGGGCCUUACAAGCUACAAACAAGAAAUUCUCUGGAUCUAUUCCUAAAUUAACUGAUGGAAUUGUGAUCAAAGAUUGGAUUGUGCCAAUUGAUGAGGAUGGCAAUAAGAGCAUAAGAUUUAGUUGUUGGGACUUUGCUGGACAGACAGUAUACUACAAUACACAUCAGUUUUUCCUCUCUAAACAAGCUGUUUACAUGUUACUAUGGAAUAUGAGGAUGGGAUUUGAACAUUCCGGACUGGAUUUCUGGCUUAGUUCAGUUGUCUGUCAUUGUCCAGAUUCACCUGUUAUUGUUGUUGGAACCCAGCUCGAUCAGAUUCCAAUGCCAGACAUUAGAGAAGAUGAAUUGAGGAAGAAAUACCCACAGAUCAAGAAAUUCUGUUAUGUCAGUUCUACACAGGGAACUAAUAUAGCAGAAUUACAACAGACACUGGUAGAUGUUACUUUGAAUUAUUGUCCUCAAAUGAAAAUGAAAAUUCCACUUUUGUGGCUGAAACUUGAAGAAAGUAUAGUCACUGCCAGAAACAAACAUAAAAGUAACAUUAUAGAUUGGGAAAAAAUUCAAGAAUUUUCACAGGAAAAUGGCAUCAACGAUGAGAAAGAUAUCAAGCUUGCUGUGCAGUUUUUAGACGACCUUGGUAUUGUCCAGUACUUUGACACAGAGGUUCUCAAUGACAAAAUUGUCAUAAAUCCACAGUGGAUUGUAGAUGUGAUGGCAAAAGUUGUCUCUGUCAAUGAAAAAUCUAUCAGGGAAACCAAAGGAAGACUCUACCACAAGUAUAUACCACAGAUAUGGAAAGAUUAUGACUCCAGUCUUUAUCAGUGGAUGUUGAGAUUAACAGAGGCAUUCGAUCUGACUUUCCCUAUCCCAGAGGAUGGAGAGAAGAUGAAUAUUGUGCCUUGUCUCUUACCAGAAAAGGAACCAGUUGAUUUACCAUGGCCAUAUCUAACAGAAGAAGAAGGAAUCAGAGAAAGCAAGAUAGAGUACAAGUUUACUUAUCUACCUACAGGACUCUUCAAUAGAGCACAGGCCAGGUUGUUUAGCCAAGGUUUUAAAAUGGACCAAGAGUUCUUGGAUCUUAUGUGGAAAAGAGGUUCCAUCUUAAAGAAGAAUGACCAUUACGCCUUAGUAAAACAGACAAAUGAUUAUGAUAUGACAGUUAUUGUCCAGGGAGCCAGACCUAAGAAUAUACUAGACCUUAUCCAUGAAACAAUCAGUACUUUAAUCAAGGAUAACUUCCAAGGUGUGGACUAUGAUUAUUGUAUACCUUGUCCUGACUGUGUGGAGAAAAAGGGAACCAGAGAACCAUUCUUGUUCAAAGCAGAUUUGAUAACCAGAGCCCACAGUGUUAGUGCGCCAUUCCUACAGUGUACCAAAUAUUUUCAUACAGUGUCCAUAGGAGAACUCAUUAAUGUACUACCAGACAACAGGGAUACAGAGUUUGAUGUACAGAUGCAGCAGAGUAUAAGUGCUCUACAGGAGAUUAGUACAAACAUGGCCAAGGAUGUAGCUAUACUGUAUUGUCCAGAUGAUUUGCCUACUAGUGAGAAUAAAGGAACGAUUGUUGAUCCAAGACAGAUUCAUAAAGAUUUAGUGAAGGAAAAGAUCAGCUGUUGGAUUCCAGAUGAUAUAGAUAAAAUACCUGAAUUGGAAAUGACCAUGGAAAUUAAGAAUUCUAAAGUACUAGUUGUCUGUAUGACUGACAAGUUUGUAAAACACCCCAAAUGUCAUCAGAUGUUCCUGUAUGCAACAGAACAAUUGCAGAAACCAUUCGCAGUAGCAGUUAUGGAUGAAUCGUUAGGCUGGCAACAGACAGACAUUGGCUUCAAGAUUGGCAAUCCAUUAAUGGCAAUGAUAAAGAAUGUAGAAAGAUAUCCAAAGAAAAUCCUUGACUUGAUAGAAAUAGUAAAGAGUUACAAAGAUGAUGCUGAGAAGGCUGUAAAUAAUCAUCCUUCAGUAUUUAUCAGUUAUUGUUGGAGUAAUUCUAAGGAAGCCUGCAGUGUAACCACCACAGCUACAAAAACAUCUCUAGGGUAUGGAGAUCCUAGAGUUCUAAAAAGGCAUCUUGAGAAAAAUGGAUGCAAGUGCUGGCUUGAUAUUGAACAGAUGGGAAAAAAUGGCCUGUAUCAAGACAUUACAGUAGGAUUACAGAAUGCCAAAGUGUUGGUUCUCUGUGUGUCAGAUGAGUACCUUCAGUCAGAAGCUUGUAUGAUGGAGGCUAGGUUUGGAGCCUAUAAUUUACAGAUGCCAAUGGUUGUAUGCGUUGUAGGAACAGGGAAAGCCUGGAAAUUGUCUGAGGUCAGUUUGAUGAUAAGUAAACAGGGAGAUAUGGCCACUGUAGUAAAGAUGCAGAAAAAAGAAAGUGGAGCUUUUGACCAAGUCCUAGAAUGUGUGAAAAACUACCUACUGCGUCCAGAAACAGCAAAGCAAAGAAAAGUACGGGAAAAACUGGCAAAACUUCAGGCUAAACAGGAUAAAAUGAAACUAGAAGAUAUGGAAAAUGAAUUAAAACAACAAGGAGAUAAUAGGUUUUCUUUCCAGGAAGAAGUUGAGUUGAUACAGAGAAAGUUUUUAAGACAUAUAUCUAAGAUGAUAAGAGGUGAUGAGAUUGGAAUUGAGCUACCAAAACUUUUGGUCCUUGACUUUGUGACUGAAGAUGAAGAUGACAAUGUACAGAAUGUUAUAGAUGACAUGGGUUCACAAGGAAGUCUUGGAGGAGGAUUUUCAAGCUUUAGUUUUUUUUCACAAAGACCAAAGUCUUCUAAGUCUAAAAGAAAACGGACUAAGGAUGAUUGGCAAGAAGAACAAUUCUGUAUUAGAGCACUGUGUGAGGAUGAACAGGGGUGGCAUCUUGUAGGGAAUCCAUUGAUUUUGACUAAUUUGAAGAAAGAUGAAAUCAUGAAGACACUGAAGGAAACAGCUCCAUACCUAGCCAGGAUAUAUGCCAUACUGAAACAAAGCUCUGUCUCCAUGAAUUGUUUGAGUUCCUCGGUUAAAGGAGAACUUUUUAUGGAUUUUAUUAGAAAAGAAGGUAUUGAUACAAAGAAUUUUAGUGAUGCCUACAAGAUGAUCCAUAGAAUUGUUGCAGAACACGAUGACUAUGAACAGUUUAUAAACCAACUUAACAGAUGUUACCUCCAAACGGGGAAGAUUUCUUGGUUGUGUUCUACCCACCAGGGUAGGACUGGUAUAACACUCCUUCCACCUGGUACCGUCAGUAUGCACAGUUCAGGGUAUUCAGUGCUGUAUGACGAAGAUAUAAUGCUAUCAGAAUUCUUAAAAGCAAGCAAGGAUUACCUGAAGUGGAAAGAUGAAGACUUCUUACUGGCCAGGAGACAAUCUAAAGACAGAUUAGUAAAAAGAGACAGUUCUCUCAGGGAAACCAACAAGAAGGAGAGCUUACCCAAGGUUGUAGAGAGCAAGAAAGAGGCUGAAAAGAAUUAUGCUGAGAAAAGUCAGAAUGAGGAGCCAAAAAGCAUACCAAAGGUUGAAGAGAGCAAGAAAGAGGCUGAAAAGAAUGAUGCUGAGAAAAGUCAGAAUGAGAAGCCUAAAUCUGAUCCAAAAUUUGUCCAAGAAAAAGCUCUUAUAUCAAUGAAAGAAAAGCAACCAGAAAUGUCUACAGUUACCCAGGCAGCCACUUUAGCAGACAGGAAAUCAGGAGAUCUCAAAGAUAAAGAAAUCCAACCAGAGAAUAAGAAUCAGAAUCAGUCAACCCCACAGAGGAUUACUCCAGCAUCUAAUACCAAUAGAAGGGGAGAGAAUCAGACGCCACCACAAAGGACAGCUCAUGCAUCUACUGUAAACAGAAAUGGACAGAAACAGGCAGAUGUCAAAGGCGCUAGUACAUGUUCUGUUAUGUAAAAUAAUUGACAUUUCCAGGGAAAGUUUAUAUUAUUGGAAGCAUUUUUUGUUAAAUAUCAGUGCUCAUAAAGAAACUAAGUUCUUUAGAAUAAUUUUUAACUAAAUUUUCAGGGUUUAAUGAAUUGAUGUCUGGCAUUGUUUUAGAUUUUCCUUGUCUUCUUUAUAAAAUAUGAGAUUUCAGUGCUUUUUAGAUAAAAAGUUAAGAUGUAGAAAUACUCGUUAUAUUCUCUACUAGUUUAUAGAAGAUAAUAAGCUCUUCUAAUGAAAAUUCUUUCGAUUAAAGAUAAUUUAUGCCAAAACACAUUCAAAAUACAUAUUGAUAAUAAACAGUGGAUAUAAAAUUAGUUAAUAUAAAGAAUGAAGUUAUUUCCAGCUGAGAUAUUCACUGUUUACUAUGUUUUUUUAGUAAUUGUCUCCCUUGAUAUGAUGUUGUGCAGUAUUUUUUUUGGUAAAAUGGUCAUACAUCAAUACCAACAUAUCAGUCUUUUUAAACAACUGAAGAAAUAGCAGUAAUGUUUUUUUUUUAAUGUUUUCUUUGGUGGGUUGCUGUCCCAUAGUGUUGCAUAUUUAUUACAUGUAUCCUUCUUUUGUAAUUAUUUCAAAAUCUGAUGUUGAAAAAUUAUGUGUAAAUUUACAUAUUUCCAAUGUAAUGUAGUCAAUAUGAAACGUAGACACAUCUUUACCUGAGUCACAUGUAACUUAUUCUCAACUAAUUCCUAUCAGUGAUUUUGUUUCAAGUUCUUCCCUUUAACUAUACAUUUUUAGAUAAAACAGAUAUUUAUUUUGUAUCAUGUUUUCUUUUAUAUUUAUAGUAGUCAGAGAUUACAUCUGGUAUCUGAUAGCCUGUUUUUUGGGCUGGCUUGAGCCAUGGGAUGUCAGAAAACAAUUCAAAUAGAAAACAUAAGAAUUGAGCAUCAAAUUGGGGACACAAAGUUUCUGUCUCAGAAGUACUAUUUUUGUUUAUAUAUUCUAAGAAUUUACCCCCUUUUAGCACAAAGGAAAGCUUUAUUCCCCACAACCCUCUAUUGUAGUCUACAAUUUUCAUUUUGAACAAGUUGUCACCUAAAUGUGUUUUGUUAUUUCAUUUCAUGCACAUGGAAAUGAGAAGUAAAUGUAUACAUAUGUAACUGACUAUCUGCAUAUAUUAACAAGUUUGCCAUAUGAUGCAUCUUUUCUGUUGUAUGCAAAUUAGAUAAUUGACCAACCAAUUUGCAUAAAUUAGUGAACUAUAUUUAUAUUUACAUUGACAUGAGUUGAGAAGUACAAACAGACUCGGAUAUAAUGAUGUCUAUUUGCUGAGAUACUGGUUUACAAAUGAAAGAAUUAUGGUUUUAAAAAAUGAAAAUUGAGAAUUAUGGGCUUAAUAACCAAAGAAAUAAAAAGUCCCCAGUCAGACCCCAAGUUAAGAUUGCUAUGCUCUGUUUCUUAAGUUAUAUAAAAAUGAUACACUUGUAUUGUCUUUUGGACUCAGCAAGUAUAGCUAUUUUAUGGAUCCAUAAAAAUUAUUUUUAUACAAAAGUCAAGUAUUAUCCCCAUGAAUGCUUUAUGUAUGUGGUCAUAAGAGUUGUGUUCUGAUGAAAAAAAAGAGACAUUGUCUGGAAUGUUUUAAUAUAUUAAAAAUCAGCAAUCUUGCAGAAAAAGUUUUUUUUAACUUUUUCUUAAAUAGAUUAGAGAGGAAAAGUAGUAGAACUUGGAGCUAUUUUUUUAUGCCCCUCCUACGAUAGCAGAGGGGCAUUAUGUUUUUCGGUCUGUGCGUGCGUUCGUUCAUCCAUCCAUUCGUCCGUCUGUCCCGCUUCAGGUUAAAGUUUUUGUUCACGGUAGUUUUUGAUGAAGUUGAAGUCCAAUCAGAUUGAAACUUAGUACACAUGUUCCCUGUGAUAUGAUCUUUCUAAUUUUAAUGCCAAAUUAGAGUUUUUAGCCCAAUUUAACGGUCCACUGAACAUAGAAAAUGAUAGUGCGAGUGGAGCACAUUCUUGUUUUUAAAAGUUUCUGACUAUCUGAUUUGAGAUAAAUAAGUAAGGGAUCAUGGUCAGGAAGAGUAGUUUUCCUCAUUUAUUGUCGUGAAUCAAAUGGAGAAAAAUAAAUGUCUAUUGUCAUCUGUUUCUGAUUUGUCUUAAUAGAAUAUUUCAGGGUAAUAGUUAGAUGUUUAUAUUCUUGGUUUACCAGCAUUUAGGGUAAGGUAUUGUCAUUACUUUACUUGUAUUCUUAGUUGCCCAUCUUGCAUCCAUAAUCUUUUGAAAAAUCCUUGUCUUGAACUACUAAUGCAUUCAGAAAAAACAAUGCUUAAAUUAAAUGAUCCUCCGGAAAUGCUUGCUAUGAUUAAACCCUAAAAAUGAAUAGUGCUUAAACUUGCAAUGAGGUGAGAGAUUUUUUGCUCAGUAUUAAAGGCCUUACUGUGACUUACAGAUGAAGAACAGCAAUAAAAGGGCUGUUCCUUUGCUUUUUGUUAUUUUUGCUGUGCAUGUACUGCUUUUGUGUCAUGGAUGGAUACUCCAUAUUCUUUGUUCUUCUAUUAGUUUAUAUCUACUACUUCUAAUCUCCAGUGAUUUCAAAACUGUAUCUAUAAUGUUAUGGUAGAUAUGUAUUUUACAAAAAAUAAAAUCAUGAGUUUUUUAUUAGGAUAAUGGUCUUUCAUUUAGUAUAUUUUAAAACUCAAGGAAGCAGGCAUCAAUAAAAUUGUUAUGUGUUAAUUUAAAGAAGAUAGAUCAUGCGUCAACUGUAAAUAUGAAAAAAAUCUUACAAGAUGUUACUGGAGCAAUGCAUACCUUGGAUCAAUACUUCAUACCUCAUUUGUGAUGGCAAAAAUCUUACUUCAUCAUUGAUAACUGAGCUCACAGAAGCACUGUAUAGAUGAUAGCUGUAAGGAGCUAAAAAUCUUACUUCAUCAUUGAUAACUGAGCUCACAGAAGCACUGUAUAGAUGAUAGCUGUAAGGAGCUAAAAAUCUUACUUCAUCAUUGAUAACUGAGCCCACAGAAGUACUGUAUAGACUGAUAACUGUAAUGUUCUUAAAAUCUCACUUUAUAAUAUUAGCCACGCUCAUAGAAGCUUUGUUGAGACUAAUAGCUGUAAGGGUAUAAAAAUCUCACUUGAUGAUUGAUAAAUGAGUUACAUAAGUUAAUGGAACAUCUGUAGAAAUUUAGUUCCUUGUUGUUAUUUUGUAGAUUUAUUCACUCAGUAGUUUCAUAUAUAUUGUUCCUUUCUUCAAUUUGAUUUUCAUAACAGUAGAUAAUAAUGUUAAAUAUUGCAUUUAUUGUUAAUUUGUUAUUUUUUUAGUCACUGUGAUAACUAUUUAUUUUUAUAUUUUUUACACUUAUUUGAUAUUUUUUAUAUUGUUAUUUAUUACAACAAUCUAUAAAACUUAUUAAUAAUGUAAUCAACUUUUUAUCAAAUCAAUUUAUCUUUACUUGUUAUUGCUAUCUUUUGUUUAUAUAUUUCACUGUUUAUAUAUCAAUGACAUUCCUUUACCAUUGGACCAUUAUUUGAUAAUCAACUUCCUUCAUUCAUUGAAAUGCACCAGUGUUUUUUUUAUUUAUUUCUGUGCAAUAAAUGAAGAAUAGGUUCAAAAAGGUCACAUGAUAGCCCUAAAGUUCUAUUAACAAAGGCAUGAAUAUUUUAAAUAUUUUGAAAUAUAUACCUGGUACCAUUAUAUUGGAUAUUUCAAGAAACUCUAAACUACAUAUGUAUCAUGAUAUAUUUUUAUUGGGAUAAGAUCUAUGAGUUCUGAUAAUUUUCCUGUAAUGUUACAUCAUAUAUACCAGUUAUGUGAAUUUCAGAAGUUGUUUAAAUAUUAUUUUUUUACUUUUUGCACUAAUCAUAUAAUUUUAGAUCUUUUAUUCUUUGUUAAUAAAUUUUUGUUGGAA